GCAUAAAGGUCUGACCAUGGCUCAGUGGUUUGUGUACAGGUGGAGCUGUGUUUGUGGUCUCUUGCUGAUGAGUCUGUGCUUUGACGUCACUGGUUCAUUAGUUGUGUGAGUUGAACUGGUUUAAAGGACCAGGUUCAGUGGAUCAGAUCAGGACUCAGACCCACUAUGACAGGACAGGUGAACACAUCCACACAAUGUCACACUAUGUUAUAGUACAUCCUCUGGUUUCUUUCUUGUUGCUUUCGUUUUCACAGAUCCUUCAGUUCAUGAUGAUGCUCUGUGGGUUUUUUAAUCUCAGUUGUCAUGUUUUCACUCUUUCCUUGAACUCUCACUAAUAUUAACAACUGUUUGAAUAAUCUACACACAGAUGAUCAUUAACUCGACACAGGUUUCAUAUUUUAUACUCAGUGCAUACUUUGACACUGGGAUGUUAAAGUACUUAUACUUCACUAUCAUAUUGUGUUUGUAUGUUUUAAUAAUCCUGUCUAAUGUGUUUCUGAUUGUGCUUAUUUGUGUGAACAGGAGCUUACAUGAACCCAUGUACCUGUUUCUGUGCAGUCUGUUUGUUAAUCAACUCUAUGGUAGUACUGGGCUGUUUCCAUUUAUUCUCCUUCAGAUCCUCAAAGACGUUCACACUGUUUCAUUUUCACUGUGUGUUCUACAGAUUUACUGUCUUUAUUCUUAUGUACAAGUGGAAAUUAUCAACUUAACUGUUAUGUCAUAUGACCGAUACCUGUCCAUCUGUUUUCCUCUGCAGUAUCACACUCGUAUGACGCAUAAUAAGAUUGGUGUGCUUGUCACUGUUGUGUGGGUUUUCCCUCUUCUUAAAGGUGCUGUAGGUCGUUACAGGACUGUGUCUUUACAGUUGUGUGGGAAUAUCAUUGAUAAAAUCUACUGUGAUAAUUAUUCUAUAGUUAAACUGUCCUGUUCUGACACCACAGACAAUAACAUCUAUGGACUCAUAGAUGUGUUCAUUUCCAUGUGUGUUCCUGUCAUGUUAAUCCUGUACUCGUACAUGAAGAUCCUUAAAGUGUGUUUUUCUGGAUCUAAACAGACCAGACAUAAAGCUGUCAGUACCUGUACACCUCACCUGGCUUCACUGUUAAACUUUACUCUUGGUUGUUGUUUUGAAAUCGUACAGAGCAGGUUUAAUAUGAACCAUGUUCCCAAUAUGAUGAGGAUAUUUUUAUCAGUGUACUUUAUAACCCUUCAACCAGUGUUUAACCCUAUGGUUUAUGGACUGAAAAUGUCCAAAAUACGUGUCAAAUGUAAUCAUCUGCUCUGUGGUAAACGUCAUUUAGACUCUGAAAGUUAA